CGUUAGCUGAAGGUAGAGUUCAGCAACUUCAUCAGUGUGUAAUGUUAUAAUUAUUUUCUAUUGAAAUAAGCCCUUUUCUAUGGACUUGUUGCUCCGCGCAGUGGGUCCGUUUAACGUUACUACUAAUGUGAAGUGAACUGUGCUGUCAUGCCUCCAGUCAUGGCUCAGAUCAGUGAUCCAAAGAUCGCAUUUGCCUACCUGCGCCCAGCCUGUGUCCUCCUCACCCAAGCGCCCACUGUGUCCAAUGUGGAGACGCUGAGUGCCCAGUUAAAAGAAGUCAACGAUGCCACGUUGCAGCAGCUCCAAGAGUAUGUCCUCUUCCCUCUUCGCUUCGUCCUUAAAGUCCCCGGGCCCAAGAAGGACAAAUUGGUGCAGGCUGUGGCUGAGGCCAUGAGCCACAUACUGGAGAACACUUGUGUCCAGAGCUGGGAGACCCUCCGUGACCUCCUCUCAGAGCUGUGCCUUUGCCUGUGCUCUCCAAGCGAUCCUGGGAAACCUGCAGAUACAUCAGAGGAGCUGAAAUCAGCUGUGUUGAGGUGCCUGAAUGCACUGCUUCAUGCUGCUUAUGGCGAUAUAGUCUUCAAACUUUUUGAACCGAUGAUGUUGCCUGGACUGGGAGCUGCCAUAUCACUCCUGCUGGCUUUAGGAGAGAAGGAGAAAUCUCGAGAUGUGCAGGCAGCAGCGUUGAAGUGCCUCCAGGCUUUGACUCUACAGUGUGACUGCACUCAGGAGCAUGUACUCCCAUCCUCAGUGGAGAGAUGUGCUAUAGGCACCACCAUGGCUUCUUUCUUACCUGGGAUCACUGUGGCUGUAGCCAGGAUCAUUACAGGAGAUCUGAGACAAGGCCAUGCAGUCACAGUCAGGGCCAUCAAGGUUUUAAUCUGCAUUCAGUCCUGUAUUACAAUGUGUGAAGUUGUUCUCAGGGAAGUAUCACAGAGGAAUCAGAGCCGUAGCUGUAGCAGCAGCAGUGAUAAUACCAGCAAAAGCAGCAGCAGUGCCCAGACCUUCACUGACGUACUUUCAGAGAACCUCCACUCUUUGGCCACCUCCCUGCCCAGACUGAUGAGGACCUCUGAUGACCAGAAAAAGCUGUUUGUCCUCAACGUGUUUCUGGGUUAUUUAAAAGUCCUGGGACCGCUGGUCUCUGUGGUGCUAAACUCUGCAGCACAUCUCGAGAGGAUCUCCAAAGCCUUGAUGCAGGUGCUGGAGCUGGAUGUGAUGGAUGUUCGCAUUGUGGAGGAAAGGAGUUACGGUGUUACCAUUGAGACAAGCUCAGGCUCUCCUGAUUCGUACACUGAUCACAUACAGAGGAAACAUUUCCUCUACUUCACAGAUGAGAAGAUCUUCUCUGUGCUCAUGGAGAUCUGUCGAACAUUAGCUUACUACGGCAACCUUUACCUGCUGACAGAUCACUUCCUGGAUCUGUACCAACAGUCGUCAGCAUACAGAAAGCAGGCUGCCAUGGUACUAAAUGAGAUUGUCAGGGGUGCUGCAGGCAUCGCUGUGGCAACAGAGGGUCAGGGUUUGGACGGUCAAGUUCGGGGACACUCUGCCAACCAGGAAGACCUAAAAGAGGCAGUGGUGUCUAUCAUGGAGGAGUACACCAGUCUGAACAACUGGCACUUGAUUACUGUGAGUGAGGAGACGGAUAGAGACCGACAGGACCAGCAGCUGCUCAGCCCACCCAGACUCCUCUCCAUAUCCAACAGUAAUGUCAACAACACUCAAGCAAACUCUCUCCAAGUGAUUCCUUCUUCGUUUGGCACCCCAUCUUCCUCACCCUCCGCCUCCACAAUCCACCAGCUCAACAGCAAUAUCUGGCAGCUGUGUAUCCAACUGGAGGGCAUCGCCUGCUUUGCUCAGGCACUGGGGCGUGACUUUCGGCCCCUUUUGAUGACAUCUCUGUACCCUGUGCUGGAGAAAGCCGGAGAGGAAUCACUGCUGGUCAGCCAGGCGGCACUGGGCUCUAUGUGGGACAUCAGUAAGGCCUGUGGCUACCCCUCUCUGAAGGAGCUGAUCAAUGAGAACUCUGAUUAUCUGCUCAAUGACAUAUCUCUUAAUCUGCAGAGGCUCAGCCAGCAUCCACAGGCUCCACGGGUGUUGACAGUGAUGUUGACUCACUCCGACUGCAGCCUGCUGCCUCUGGUCGGGGACAUCGUUCAGGAUGUGCUGAUGGCUCUGGAUCUCAGCUACGACCACACAGCUGCUCUUUUCUGCUCUGUGCUGCACGCGCUCAUGAAGGCACUGGCGAGGUGGUUUCCUUCUAGCUGUGGAAGGACCAGUGAGUCUGCCAGACCCAAGCAGACCUCCCCUGACAAAGAAGUCUUCAACGUCCGCCAAUUCCUGCUGGAUCACCGCAAACAGAAAGAGUUGGCAGAGGGCAUAGGAAUAGAGGAAGACGACACUGAAGACCUUGAAGUCCCUCCGCCCAUGGAGUCUGAGGAUGCUGAAGAUAUUGGUGGUCCUGAUGUGAAAGCAGAGCUUGCCUCCCACCUCAGCAUCACUAAAGAUGUAAUGGAGCGCUGCAUUCAUCUGCUGUCUGACCCCAGUCUCAGGCUCCGACUCAAGGUAUUGGACGUGCUGGAGCUGUGUGUGUGUGUACUGCGUGAGAAGGAAAAUGAAUUGCUGCCCAUGGCUCAUCGGUGCUGGCCCGCCCUCCUACAGCGACUCACAGCUGAUGACCCUCUAGCAGUCCUCAGAGCCUUCAGGGUGCUGUGUACGCUGGGUGAAACAUGUGGUGACUUCCUGAGGAGGAGGGUAUCUAAAGAGGUACUGCCCAAGCUGAGCUCCUCGCUGGCACGGCAGGCGCCGGUUAGCGCCAAGGCUGGACCCAUUUACACACACACCCUGGCCUACAAACUGCAGCUGGCUGUGCUGCAGGGACUGGGCUCACUGUGCCAGAGGCUGGACCUGGGUGAGGCUGACCUUGAUGCUGUAUGUGAAGCCUGCCUGCCCUACCUGAGCUGCAGACAACCAAUCAGACUGCAGGAAGCCAGCUUGAGCGUUUUCCAUCACUUAAUCCAGGUAGAUCCGGAUGCCUUCUGGUUUACUCUGAAUGAGCUGCACUGCCCGUCCUCCUACAUCCCGUCCCACCCCGAUCUCCAGCCUGUGCAACUAAACGGGAUGGGCCGACCCAGAGACGAGUAUUCAGACAACGUUCUGAAGCUGCUGAGAGAGGAGUUUGGCUCGGUUGCAGAGACAGUCAACCAGCCAGUCGGCUAAUGAGCUGAGAUUGAUGUGAUUGACUCGUCUCUCACGUGGACGGCUUAUUGAACCGCUGACUCCAACAAGUCAGUUCACUGAAAGGAAAAUCUGACAAUUGUGCCAAAAAGCAGCCAUCAGAUACGGUUGUGAUAACCUUCCCACCCUACACAGCUCUGAUAAGCAGCGAGGUACAAAGGGAAAAUGUCAAUGAAGCAUCUCGCCGCUGUUCACUCUCCUGCUGCAGGUGUAGCACCACUUCUGACAGGUCUUUUGCAUUGGGAGACAUGCAGUCACAGUGCGGAUGUUUUUUAUUUUGUGUGAAGGCACUGACAUAUACUGUAUGCAAAUGUUACGUUUGCUAUUCCUUUUGUUUCUUCAUUUUCUUAAGAAAUACCAUAUUCAUACUUGGCACUACUUUGCUGGGCUGAAUUACUCAACCUUUAGUUUCAGACUAGUCCUGAACACAUGGGGCUUUUAUACAGAUUAACGUGGCCAUUGGUGACUCAGAUAACGAGAUUUAAUUGUGACCUUAAAACAUUCUUCAUGAGGUGUCAAACAUUCUGCACUUGUGUUGAGCCUCAAAGUCAGUAUGGAAGUAUGAGAAAGCUCAAAUGUCAUGCCAGGUUGAUAAUCUUUUUGCUUUUAAGUCUUUAAUGGGGAAUUACCAAUUUUACACACCAAAGACUGUCCACAGAUGUUGGAAUGUGUGACUGCACAUUUAAAUAAAGCUGCAUAGAGCCUUUUGUGGCUCCAGAGGAAGUAGAAUACAUGACCUCAAGUGAUGUCACUUGAGUCAGCAUCAGUUGUGGCUCCUCAUCUCUGCCUAUGUUUAGGGGCUUGAAGCUAAAUUAGCCGCUCCUAGCAUAACACACCAGAAUCUCAGCAGUUGUGUUGCAUUGUGGGUGAUGUACCCACAGGCACCAGGUUUUGACAAUGAGGAAGACUGUGUGAAAUAAAAAAAGAUGGUAUCUCUGGUCCUGCGAUUUUUUUAAUCCCAUGCCCACUGGUAAAUAUUUAACAACAGGUCACAUUUAUGGAUAUGUAAUCUACUCUUUUAAAAAGGAAAAAUAUAUAAAACAGCUGGGCAAUGUGAUAUUUUUAUGCAAACUGUGGACUAUUUUCAGCCCUGGAUUUGGUUUGUCACUGAGAAUUUAUGGCAGCAUACACCAUGAAUGUUGGAUUGAGAGCCCGUGGUCACUGUGAUGAACAUUUCAAAAACAUGUUGGCCAGUGCAACAGUGUGGUUUGUGUUUCUCCAAGUUUUGGACAACAAUGGAGCUCUGUGGCACAAGGAAAUAAGCUAUAUCUGGCUUUGAAUACACAGAGAAUACUUGCUAGUAUUACAAAUUUAUUGUUGUUUUCAGUCUACUCAUGGGGUAUUGCUGACCACCAGUCUUGUCCCAAACAAAACACCUAACCCAGAUGUGCUGGGUACUACCAGGUACUAGAGCCUGCACCAUCCAUCUUUUCGUCUUGCUUAGAGACUUCUCUAAAGAUGUCCAUCUACACGUAAGCCUCUUAAUAAAAAUGAGUUGCAGCAGCACAGUGGGGCAGUCGUUAGCAUUGUCACCUCACAGCAAGAUGGGUCCUGGUUUGAACCUGGGGUUGGGGGUUCGAACCCAGGGUGGGGGAACCCUUCUCUGCUGAGUUUGCAUGUUCUCCCCAUGUCAGCGUGGGUUUUCUCACAACACUUCGGCUUCCUCCCACAGUCCAAAGACAUGUAGGUUAAUUGGUGACUCUAACUUGGCCAUAGGUGUGAAUGUGAAUGUGAAUAGUUGUCUGUCUCUAUGUGUCAGCCCUGCAAUAAUCGGGUGACCUGUCCAGGGUGUACCCGCCUCUCGCCCAGUGCCAGCUGGGAUAGGCUCCUUCAGGCCUUCUUGAGAUAUUACUUUCACAAGAAUGAGAUGGACACAAGGCCACAGCAACUUUGAACUUUGACUACUAAAAUCUAAACAGUUCAUUUUUUGAGUCCAAGUGGAAGUUUGUGCCAAAUUUAAAGAAAUUCCCCCAAGUUGUUCUUGAGAUAUCGUGUUCACAAGAAUUAGACGGACAUAAGGUCACAGUGACCUCUACCUUUGACCACCAAAAUCUCACUCGUUCAUAGAGUCAAAGUGGAUGUUUGUGCAAAAUUUGAAGACAUUUUCUUGAGGCAUUCUCGAGAUGUUCACAAGAAUGGGAUGGACAAACGACCUGAAAACAGAAUGCCUUCAGCCAUGGCUAUCGCCAGUGUGGAGGCAUAAUUAGAAAAAACAGGCAGAGGGCAGAGUCUCUGCAGAUAAGUCUACCGCCACACACUUCUAGUGGCUCAUAGUGGUGAUUAGAGAGAUUACUUCUGUAUGAGUCUAUAUAUUGUUUAGGAAAAUCCUGCAUUGUAUAUUUUUAAAAUAUACUUUUUAUAAGAAAUGUUUAGUAAGGCUGGGCAUCAUUUUACAUUGUUUGCUGCUAGUGCAGAUACAAUACCAAGUUUCCAGGAGGAUGCAAAAACAUCUUACUUUAAGGAGUAUUCUCUACAAAUUCUUUUUUUCUGGUCAUUUAACAAAAGACAACAUUCUUAAAUGUUCAGUGUUUCCAAACACAA